AAAACGUGUUUAGUUUAAUGCCUUUAACAAUAACAUGAAUGUCAACUUUGAAGAAACAGAUGCCAGAAGCCCAGCCCACAAGGUUAGCGAAGCCGAGUUCGACAAGGUUAAUAUUGGUGAAAUUGGUCAAAUUAUCGACCAAUUAACGACCAACCUUGUCAGUGAUACCGAUAAAACAAGUUUCAGCGAUUCCACCAAUGCUUGCAUGAAUCAACUUUGUGAGCUUUCCAAGCUAACAGGAAACACUAAGCGACGUGCUAUGGGAGAAGCCUUAUGUAACAGCCGUGCAGGAGAAAUGCUAAUGAAAUAUUUCAAGAUGGCGUCGACUAGCAAUUGCAUACAAGAAUGCCAACGAAAGGAAUUUAAAACUUUGCGGGAAAUUUGCUUUAAUUUCACCGACGAUAACAUGAUGCUUGCGAAGGAAUUUGGACAAGAAGGUUUAAUUGGAAUGUUAGUCGGUGAACUGAACGAACAUAAAGCAACGUUUAACACCAACCAGAAACACAAAUACAUCGUAUCCUCAGCAUUAAGGAUUCUAUACAACUGUUCAAAGUCGAGCGAUAACUUGAUUCAUUACAAAAAGCCGAUGCAUUAGAAACUGUUGGUUGGUACGCCACGAAUACAAUGCUUGAUAAGAAUUUGAAAAACAUUUUCACCUUCAGUGUAAUGACACUUGCCUUUAUCGUGGAUGACGUUGAUGAAGAGAUUGUGACGAAAUGUUCAAUCGUCACUACGUCAGUGCAGAUGUUCGUCGCAUCGGUUGCAAGCGACAACGGAAGACAUCUUGGUUUCUCGUCUCUUGAACUUGUGGAUGCCCUGGUUAAGUUGGCAGAUAAUGUAACUAUCAGUGAAAAGAUUGUGAAUGAAGGCGUUGUGGCUCCGUUGAUAAAGAUGAUGACAUCGGGCGAUCGAGAAUUGGAAACAGCUGCUACAAGUCUUGUUUGGAGUUUGUCGUUUAGUGAUCGAAACAAAGAUGUCUUUAAAAAGAACUUGGCUUUGAUGCGUCGGAUAGAAGACUUUCAAAACCCAAACCUCCAAAAAACUGCGCAAGGUGUGACAGCUGUACUCAAUAUGAAAAGAAAGGCAACUAUUGCUUCUGAUGCUACUCCUGAAUCCGAUAAAGAAGGCCACAUCAUGAUAAGUUACAAUUGGAAAUAUAAAUCUAUUGCCGUCAACCUUCGAGAUAGGCUGGUUCAAGAGGGUUACAAGACUUGGUUCGACGACGACAACAUGGGUUCCGAUAUAUUGCAAAGUAUGUCUGAAGGUGUAGAAGGUGCUCACGUCUUUCUUAUGCUGGCAUCACAAUCUUAUAAAGAAAGUAAAAAUUGCAGAACUGAGGCCGUAGGAGCUUACAAAUAUGACGUCCCUAUAAUUCCCCUUGUAGUAGAAGCAGGGUACAAGGCAAACGGUUGGCUAGGUUUGCUGUUUGGAAUGAAGCGAUACCACAAGUUCCACAACGAUGCAGACUUUGACACAAGUUUUGUGACGCUUUUAAAAGAUGUGAAAUCAAUAGUGCCGAAGAAGGAAUGAAACUUGCUGUAUUCCAACGCACAGUACCUUGUAGCAUAAGUAGCAUUACAAAUAUCCCACAGACAGUACACGGCCAAAAAAAUGCAUAAAAAAGGCUCCGCAAAGUCCUUUACAGUGGCACAUGAAACAAAUGUUAAAUGAAAACAUUAUAAUCUGGUAUUAAAAUCAUGCUUUCGGUCCUAUAUAGGAAUACACAUGGACGCUU